CCACACACACAGGCAGCUGGAGAGAGGGAAGACGUAAUGGUUUGAUUCCCUGUGCACUUGCAAUGGUCGUCGUUCUGACAUUACUCGGCAAAUUCCUCAACCGGGAGGUGCAAUGAAGGCUUGAGGGUUUCCCCAAACAGCUGCUGCGAGCUUAAAGCCAGCGACGCAGCUCUGGCUGGUCAGGCGGGGGCAUCGUCCAUGUGGGCGUCAUGCUGUGGGCUGCUGAACGAGGUGAUGGGCACGGGUACAGUGCGGGCGCAGCAGCCAGGGUUUGGAGCAGGGGCGGGGCCCUUCCGCUUCGCCCCCAGUGCCGGGUACUCCACCUACCCCCCCACCAGCUCAGGGAGCGCCGGACAGCUGUGCAAGGCUUGCGGACUGGCCUUCUCUGUCUUCAGGCGCAAGCACAUCUGCUGUGAUUGUAAGAAGGGUUUCUGCGCCCUGUGCUCGGUGCUUCAGGAGAACCUGCGCUGCUGCACGACCUGCCACCUGCUGCGCAGCACGGCCUUCCAGAGGCCUCGGCUCAUGCAGCUCCGAGUGAAAGAGCUGCGCCAGUACCUGCUGCUGCGCAACAUCUCCACCGACACAUGCAGGGAGAAAGAGGACCUGGUGGACCUGGUGCUCUGUCAUCAGGGCACGAGGGAAUCCCCGAGACCAGUGGCGCAGAGACCAGUGGCACCGAGACCAGUGGCACAGAGACCAGUGGCACAGAGACCAGUGGCGGAGAGACCAGUGGCGGAGGUGGAGGACGAGGACGACGAUGACGAGGACGACGAGGAAGACGAAGAGGACACGCAUGAGGAGGAGGAGGAGGAGGAGGAGGAAGAAGAUGAAGGGGGAGACGACACAGACAGCCUGCACUCGCUCCCCCACUCGCGCGCCGCCUCACCCCCGUCAGCCACGCGCUCCACCUCUGAACAGUCGGCGCUCUCCGCCUCUCAGGGAGACGUGCUCAGCCCAAGUGACAGCUCAGGGACCAGCAGCCAGGAGCAGGAGGAUACUCCAACAGCGUCUCUCUUGAACCUGGAGCCCACUGAAAAUGUCAUGGAGGUCAGUCCGGCGACACAGAGGAGGAUCAGGGCCUCGCUGUCUGAUCUGGACAACGAAGAGGCGAUAGAAAACCUCUCCGUCCGCCAGCUGAAAGAGAUUCUCGCCAGGAACUUUGUCAAUUACUCCGGCUGCUGUGAGAAGUGGGAGCUGCUGGAGAGGGUCCAUCGACUGUACCGAGAAAAUGAGCAGAACAGGAAAUCCAUGGUAGAUGUGAGCAUAACUGCAGAUGGUGUCAAGGCUCAGCUGGCGGCUGAUGAAAACUUGUGUCGCAUCUGCAUGGACGCCAUCAUCGACUGCGUGCUUCUGGAAUGUGGUCACAUGGUAACCUGCACCAAAUGUGGAAAGAGGAUGAGCGAGUGCCCCAUCUGCAGGCAGUAUGUCGUGCGGGCCGUGCACGUCUUCAAGUCUUAAAACUGUGAGAGCGGACCUCAGGCGCACUUGUGGCCCGAACCCUGAAUUUAUCACUGAGGAUGAACUACUGUGCAUGAAGUCUCGCAGGGCAUAAUGCUGCAGCAGGUCCGAGCAACUUCCCGAUCUUUGAACCCAGACUGUGGCCUCUGGACUACCAUGGUCUCCCUUACUAACUCAUGCUCCAGCCCCACUUCUCCUCCCUCGUCAUCAGCUGCACCGUGACACUCACUCGUCCUCUCUGGUCUGUUCAACACAGCGGAAACCUACGCCAUCCCUUUCUGCUCUCCAUUCUCUGUUUAGAUUGUACUCACAGGAGAGGAGGGGAGGUGGUCCCAUGGAUACUUGAAGAGGAUCGGGUUGUUGUGUUGGGUCAGGAGAAGCAGAAAAAUAUAAGAUCCCAGGGUUAGAGUCAAUAUGGUUUACACAGUCAUGCCACAUGACGCCGUGUUAUCUCCCUCAGUGUUCUUUUAGGAUGUGCAAUAUUUAAAAGAAGAGACUUACACGUGUUUUUAUUUAAUGUCUAUUUGUUAAUCCGAACCCCACAAGCACCGGGUCAUCUCGUCUCGCACACAGGAGGGUGCAAGGUGCCAAACGUCAUGCCUUUUGAACGAUAUUUGGUUCAGAUUUCUUGGUAUAUUCAUCUCAUAACCAGCAAGCUUGGUGUGAUAGUUAACUUUUUUUCUCAAAUGGAAAUAAGUGUGAAACAUUGGACCACUUGCUGUGUGAAGGACGUGAUUGUUUCCUCAUCGAAAAAUUCAGUGCACGGAUGUGAUUCCUGCCGAAGACACGAACAGUAAAGAAUGCUGAGCUAUUGAGCAGUUUGAGGGGAAAAAAUAUAUAAAAUCUGAAUUCAAGGCCCACUUACUAGCUUUUUCCUGGGCUUUUACAUUUACAGGCUUUCAUCAGUAGAUGAGUUUUCUUGUUUGCUUGGUUGUCAUGGAGAUGGGUCAGCCUCCGUGACUUAAGGUGGUCGCAUAUGACGGGGAGAUCAUUUAAAUGGCCUCAUCCUUCUCCUGAGGA